AAACACAGUACUUCCGGUUUUAAACGCGCCAUCUAGUAUAGAAUCGAAAAGUCGUUUCGGCCGAUAUCAUAUCGCGAUAGAAACUUUGUGCUCUGAGCACAAUAUACACCAUGAAUCCUAAUUUUGAAAAUAUUGGAAAAGCCUUCGUCACUGCUUACUACCAGGCAUUUGACAGUUGUGCGAACAAUGAGGAGCGGAGCAUCAAAAUUUCACAAUUUUAUCAUCCUGAUGCUUUAUUGAUAUUUGAAGAUGAUCAACAACAAGGAAAAGAUGCAGUCUGUGAAAAAAUAAAGGGCUUACCUUUCCAACAAGUACAACAUGUGAUAACAAAAACAGAUUGCCAACCAACGUUAGAUGGUGGAGUUUUAAUAAUGGUUCUAGGACAAUUACAGGCUGAUCAAGACAAACCUUUAGGAUUUUCUCAUGUUUUUCAACUUCGUCCAGAGGCCGGAGGGGCAUUUUUUAUUAUGCAUGAAAUUUUCAGGCUAGCUGUCUUCAAUUUUGCAGCUUAAGAUUUUUGUAAGAGUGUAAAUGAGCAUUUUUCAAUCACGUGUAAGAUGUGUAAAUGAAAAUACUGCAAGAAUUAUGAUGUUCUGUUAUAAGUCCAUUGAUGCAAAUCUGUAUGUUUGUGAAGCCCUUGAUAUGUAUAGGUUUUGUAUUACCAGUAAGGCUUUAUAUUUUUAGGCCCUUGAUUACAAGUAAUUGCUCCACAUCUUGUUUUCGUUGUUGUGUUUUUUAUGCGAGUGUUUAAAUUUAUAUUGAUGCCUUUUGCUGAAUGAAAUUAUUCCGGGUGAUCCACUGUUCUAUGGGGUCUAAAAGCAUUAAGCAAUGGUGACUUGAUGUUACUAUAUCAUUUCAUUAUUGUUCAUUGCUAACUUGGCCGAGGCUCCACCUACUCCAAAUCUGAUUUGAACGUUUUGCAUUAAUCAAUUAAUUCAAUAAUAUUUGACAUUGUGAGCGGAAUGUUGUGAAAACUUGUGCAUCAAUUGAGUGUGUGUAUUUGUUGCUUAAAAAAGAAGUAGGUUUUAAAGGUGCAUGAAGUUGGUGCAUUGUCUACCGGUAAUAUAAUGGUCAAUGUGUGACAAGAAAAGGUGCAUGUAAUUUGGAUAUUUUAUGCUACCAUUGCGCAAUACAUGUAUAUAUAAUGUAUAUACACACAUAUACUGAGUUGUUCAUAUUUUGUGUUAGUUUAUCAAAUUUGCACACUCGUGAACAGAAGUUGUAAUUGGUGGAAAUUUCUACAAGUGCAGGAUAAUUUAUAUUGAUAUGUUUGACAUCAGUAAUUGUUGUACCAAAAAAAAAAUGUUAGCAAAAUUACUGUUAAGGGCAUAAACUUUUGGUAUUGUUUAAUCCAUCACGGCAAAUGAAAGAAAUGAAAUGUACUCAGUUUUUAUAUUGAUUUAAAUUUAGUUAUAGAGGAAUUAUAUAAAUCAGUGAUAAUUGUAUGUAUGGUUUUGACAACACACAUAUUAUCAUUAAAUACUAGUAUCCUUUUGGUUUGAGACUUUUUUGUUUUGAUAAUACAUAUAGUAACAUAAUCUUCUAUGAAAAUGGAAUUGAAGUACUUAAUUUUCAUGCUAUUGAAAGAAAUUGUCAAGUUAAGACCUCCAGUUUUGAUACUUGUUUAUUUUGAUUUGGGCAUUUCAAAACAUCAUUGCAUAGAUGUAGCACUUCUACAUAAAUGAGACAUGAUUUAUAAAUGCUUUUAUUACAUGAACAAGAAAUGCACUGGUUUUAGAAAUGUAGAAUACUUGGAAUUUCUGUUUUUGUCCAACUUCAGUUUGUUUUAAAUGCACAACUAAAUAAAUAUGUAAUUGUAAA